CCAUAUAAAAUAGUGGUCCAUUUAUGACUGAAGUAAAAUAAAAUAUUCCAAUUAAGCUGCACGCGUCUUUCAUCGAUUGUGCCAAACGCGCCCCCAAAUGAAUAACAGUUACUUGUAACGGCCGUUUCUCUCUUCAAUAAGAUUUUGCAAAACUCAAAAAAAAAAAAAGAAAAAAAAAAAAAAAAGAUUUUAUCUAAUCUUUGUCUUCCUCCGUAUGAAUCGAAAACCCCAGAGAGAGAACAAAAAAAUAAAUAUGAUUUAAUUGUUUUUUUUCUCUCUCUCUCUCUCUCCCAAAUUCACAACAAUUCUUCAGAGAUCUAGAAAUGAGAGGUUUAUUGAUUCCUAUUUUAUUUAUUUUAAUAUUAAUUUUAGCAAUUGUUCUUGGGGUUCAUUCAAGCUCCGAAUCGGAACCGGGUUCGGAUAAUUUGCCGUUGCCGUUGACAUCCAAACAUGAUACAGCAAUAGUGGCUGCACCCGACGGAACUGUAUACUUAGUGGAGAUUGGUUCCGGAAAAAUCCUCUGGUCGUUUUCAUCGGGCCCUUCAAUUUAUUCCUCGUAUCAAAAAAUCCCCGAUCACGAAGGAGAAAAGCUCAACACCUCCACCGAUGGCGAUAAUUUUUACAUCGAUUGUGGUGAAGAUUGGGAACUCUACAUGCACGGAACUGGCCUAAAGAAAGUCAAGCUUCCACUAAGUGCGGAAGAAUUCGUAAAGCGGACUCCAUUUGUAUCAGAUGGUGGUGGUGUUAUGUUGGGAUCAAAGAGAACUGCCGUAUUCCUCGUCGAUGCUAAAACGGGAAAAGUCGUUCGUACGAUUAGAUCCGACAACCUUCCACCGGUUGAGAAGGACGACGACGAAGCUUCUAUCUUGACAAGGACCGAUAUCGAAGAAUGGCUUCCACCUAGUUCGUCUGCGGAUGAAGACGACGAAGCCACCGAGAAACCACUCUACGUUACGAGAACAGACUAUGCUUUGAAGUACACCUCGGUGAAAACGGGGAAAGUUUUGUGGUAUUUAAUGUUUGCCGAUAUCGAAGCCUCGUUUAAAUGCGAAGGGAUAGAAAAUUUCUUGGGCGGGUUUCCGAACGAUAAACAAUUCGAACGGCUUGAUGUGAAGUUGCCGAUGCAUUGUCAGAAACGGCCCGUGGUCUACCGCAUACGUGAUCGUAGCUCUCUCGAGCCUCUUUUUAAAGCUAACGGGCUUCGAGACGCGCUUCCCGGAGGAGGAGAAGGAGGAGUUCUUUCUUUACCGGCUUCGGAUCACCUUGCUAUAGAGCCGUUGAACAAUUUAUUAGCUCCUUAUCGAAGCUACGAAAAAGAAUCCCCGCUUGCUCUUCCUACGCCCGACCGUAACGAACUUAAAAAUCGGAGUCUUCCUCAAAUCAGUGGCCGUAUUGAAUUCGAUAGGCUAGCACAACCUCAAUUUUGGUCUGCUAUGCUAUAUUCCGCAUUGGGGAUAAUAGCCGUGGUUUUCGUAUUUUUUCGGAGAAAGGGUGGGAUAAGUCAUUUGUCCGAAGAUCUUAAAUUGCAAAACGUAACACCCAAAAAGAGGAAAAAUCGGAAAAAUAGUAAAAACGGUACUGUUGUUGGGGAAAAGCAAGAGGAUUUUUCUCAAAGUAGUUACGAUACUUCUACGAUUGGACGUAAGAUUGGUAAAUUGAUUGUGACGAAUAAACAAAUCGCAAAGGGGAGCAACGGGACCAUUGUUCUCGAAGGAAAUUACGAGGGCCGUUCGGUGGCUGUCAAACGCCUCGUCCGGACCCACCAUAGUGUGGCUGUGAAAGAGAUCCAAAACCUUAUUACGUCCGAUCGGCAUCCGAACAUUGUUCGAUGGCAUGGAGUGGAAUACGAUCAGGAUUUCGUCUAUCUGUGUCUGGAGCGUUGCACGUGCAGUCUACAUGAUUUGAUUUCGUUUUGCACUUCUCACAGUCAAGUAACUACCAACGACCGAAAUCAUGAAUCUCCGAGUCUCGUUCUUUGGGAUACGCAAUUGCUAAGUACUCUCGGAAGUAACACGGAGCUCGAACUCUGGAAGGAUAACGGCUAUCCAUCUGCAACGUUGCUAAAAUUAAUGAGGGACGUUGUAUGUGGACUUGCCCAUUUGCACGAACUCAAGAUUAUACAUCGGGACUUGAAACCUCAAAAUGUUCUUGUAAUUAAAGAUCGACCAAUAUCCGCGAAAAUUUCCGAUAUGGGUAUUAGCAAGCACUUAGAUGGAGAGAUGUCGUCGUUAACGAAUCAUGCCACGGGAUCGGGUAGUUCAGGGUGGCAAGCGCCGGAACAACUCCGUCAAGAACGGCAAACUCGAGCCGUAGACUUAUUCAGUUUAGGCUGCAUUCUGUUUUUCUGCAUGACCGGAGGCAAACACCCCUUCGGGGAAAGUCUUGAACGGGAUGUCAACAUAGUCAAUGAUCGAAAAGACCUCUUUUUAAUCGAACAUAUCCCCGAAGCUACGAAUCUCGUUUCUCAACUUCUCGAUGCUAAAUUGGAGUUGAGGCCAACGGCUACGGAAGUAAUGGUUCACCCUCUAUUUUGGGACUCCGAAACGAGGCUCUCGUUUCUUCGAGAUGCUAGCGAUAGAGUCGAGCUGGAGGACAGGGAGGAAGCGUCGCAGCUUCUAGAAGCACUGGAGGAUCGGGGGAGGGUUGCUUUGGGCUGCAAAUGGGACGAAAAGAUGGAAAAUGCCUUCAUCAAUGACAUCAGCCGCUACCGGCGUUACAAGUUCGACAGCGUGCGUGAUUUAUUGCGGGUAAUACGAAAUAAGUUGAAUCAUUAUAGGGAACUUCCGAAAGAAAUUCAAGCAAUAUUAGGGUCCGUCCCCGAAGGCUUCGACUCUUAUUUCUCGACCCGAUUCCCUAGUCUUUUAAUAGAGGUGUACCAAAUAUUUCUUAGGUAUUGUGCAGAUGAAGAAUUAUUUCAAAAGUACUUCAGAAAUACUAGGUUUUAAUCUUGAUUUUGUAUUCGACGUUGUUGUUAGCGAAUUGUACAUGUUUAAACUUGCAUCUCGAUGUAGAAUAUUUUGCCUAACAAGUAUAUAAAUACGUAUAUGUAUUUCUAGUAA